CGAAUUGCACGAGAUGGAAUCGCCGCACUUUAGCCCAUGCGCCACACCUGACACGUACAUUCGAAAGAACGAAUGCACUCUUGGCUGGGAUAGCCUCAGCUACACUGUCACCCGCCGUGGGCAAGACCCCAAGGUCAUCCUCAGCAAAGUGAGUGGUCGCGCCGCGCCAGGUGAACUAGUUGCCAUCAUGGGACCAUCCGGCAGCGGCAAGACGACGCUGCUCGACAUCCUUGCCGACCGUAUCUCGACCGGCCAAGUCACGGGCCAAAUCCACCUCAAUGGCCGCCCGCGACUUGCCAAAACAUUCCGCCUCUUGUCUUCGUACGUGUCUCAAGAAGAUGCGCUGACCGGAUCGUUCACGGUGCUCGAGACUCUUCGAUUUGCGGCUCGGCUGAGUGUGCCAGCCAAUGUUCUCACCGACGAGCGGGAAAGCCGAGUGCAAGCUGCCAUCGACGACAUGGGGCUACGAUCUUGCGAGCACACAGUCGUCGGUGACAUUUUCCGCAAAGGUCUCUCGGGUGGCCAGAAGCGCCGGUUGAGUAUCGCCAUCGAGCUACUGCCAUCGAUUUUGUUGCUGGACGAGCCGACGUCCGGCCUUGAUGCUGCGUCUACGUACAACGUGAUGGCAUACAUUCAAAAGCUGUGCCUCGCUCACAAUCACACGGUCAUCUGCACGAUCCACCAGCCCAGCACCAAAGUGUACAACAUGUUCGCCAAGGUCAUGUUGUUGGCAGGCGGGGAUUCAAUUUACUUUGGGACGACAACCGACAUGCUGCCGCAUUUUGCUGCAAUUGGCCAUCCGUGCCCGACCUAUUCGAACCCCGCCGAGUACUACCUAGCUCUUGUCAACACGGACUUUCCAGGUCAUGGAGACAUUCACGCCUUGGCUGCAGGCUACGCCACCAGCGCUCUUGCCGCGCAGACUAAGACUCAACUGAUGGCCGACCGCUCGCGAGCCGACUUUCCGUCUCUGUCCAAGGCCGAUCUGCGUGAGAUCAAGCCAUCUGUCGGCCGCCAAUUCGUCAUGCUCCUGCAGCGCACUGCGUUGGAAAACGUCCGGAAUCCCGGCAUAUUCUGGAUCCGCUUCGUCAUGUUCCUCGUCCUGUCGGCCAUGACUGGCACUUUGUACCUCAACGACGACAAGAAGCUCACGGACAUGGAUUACGUGGCACUUCUUUUUGGCGCCCCUGCUUUCACGACAUUUCUGAGUGUGGCAGCGCUGCCGUUUUUCUUGGAGCAGCGGGCCGUGUUUGCCCGCGAGCGCGCCAACAGCGGCUUAAACGUCGGCGCAUUCACGAUCGCUACGUUCGUUGCAGCGCUCCCGGGGCUCGCUCUGCUCGCAAUCACUGCGACUCUUAUGGUGGUGCCCAUGACCGGUCUGCACGGCUUUGGCACGUUCUUUUGGAUCAUGUUCCUCAGCUUGACUGUCGCCGAAUCGUUGAUGAGUGUGCUGGGCGUGCUCGUGUCGAACGCCAUCAUGGGCAUCGCACUUGGUGCAGCCGCGCUUGGAAUGUUCAUGUUGACUGAAGGGUUCAUGGUGCCUCGGCCAUCGAUCCAACAUUACUGGUUGUGGGGCCACUACCUUGGCUUUCACACGUACAGCUUUGAAGCGCUCGUGGCCAACCAAUUCCAAGGCGUCAACACGGUCGGUGCCAAAGCUGUCUUGGCCCGCUUUGACGUCGCCGAUGUCCACGUGAGCUCGCAUGCGUCGAUUCUCAUCGGAUACGCCCUCAUCCUGCAAGUCAUCGUGGGCAGUCUCUUGUACAAAUUGCACACUGGCCGCCGGUAG